CCGCCUGGACGCAGCAGCCACCGCCGCGUCCCUCUCCCCACUAGGCUGCCGGCUCAGGACCCCCAGCUCCAACGGGGUCCUGGAAGCCAGAGGUGUUUGCUCAGGGCAGGGAAGGGGCUGCAGGAUCCCCGGGGGCUGCCAGAGGCCGGCCUCGCUGACAUCGUGGCUGACCCCAGCAUCGCCUGGUCCCACAGAUGUCGCCCUUUGGUCGCCUGUGUCUUCUCACCAUCGUUGGCCUGAUUCUCCCCACCAGAGGACAGACGUCGAAGUAUACCACGUCCAUUUCUUCAGCAGACCCAACUAUCAUAGACAUUCAGGUCCCUACACCAGCCCCAGACGCAGUCUACACAGAACUCCAGCCCACCCCUCCGACCCCAACCAGGCCUGCUGAUGAAACACCACAACCCCAGACUCAGACCCAGACCCAGACCCAGCAACCGACAGGAAUGGAUGGACCUCUAGGGACAGAUCCAGAGACACACAAGAGCACCAAAACAGCUCAUCCCACUGAAGACACCACGACACUCUCUGAGAGACCAUCCCCAAGCACAGACGUCCAGACAGACCCCCAGACCCUCAAGCCAUCUGGUUUUCAUGAGGAUGACCCCUUCUUCUAUGGUAAGUUAUCUGCAGGAAGAUGUGGGGGAAGGAAAGGUGAAGGCCCUCUGACUCUACCCCUCAUUUUUCUCUCUGCAGAUGAACACACCCUCCGGAAACGGGGGCUGUUGGUCGCAGCUGUGCUGUUCAUCACAGGCAUCAUCAUCCUCACCAGUGGCAAAUGCAGACAGCUGUCCGGGUUAUGCCGGAAUUAUUGCAGGUGAGUCCAUCAGAAACAGGAACGGACAACCCGCUGAGCACCCCAAGACCAAGCCCCCUGCCAGCUCACCGUGCCCAGCCUCCUGCAUCCCCUCGAAGAGCCUGGCCAGAGAGGGAAGGCACAGACGACGAAGCUGGAGCCAGGGCUGCCGGUCCGAGUCUCCUACCUCCCCCAACCCUACCCGCCCCUGAAGGCUGCCUGGCACUUUGGGGACUGUCCCUCAAGUUAUCUCCUCUGUUCAGACAAAAAGUAAAGCACUGUGGUCCUUUC